UCUCUCCCCCCCAGCUGGCCCUGCCUGCACCAGUGGCUGGAGACCCGCCCCGAGCGCCAGGAGUGCCCUGUCUGCAAAGCCGGCAUCAGCCGCGACCAGGUCAUCCCGCUCUACGGCCGGGGCAGCGCCGGCCAGCAGGACCCCAGAUUGAAGACUCCCCCUCGGCCGCGGGGGCAGCGCCCGGAGCCGGAGAGCCGUGGGGGCCUGCCUCCGCCCUACCACGACGCCGGCUUCCACAUGGCCUUUGGCAUCGGAGCCUUCCCCUUCGGGGUCUUCACCACCGUGCUGCGGGGGCCCGAGGCCAGAGCAGAUGAGGCCGGCGCCCCUCGCCCCUCGGGCUGGCAGGAUUCGCUCUUCCUCUUCCUGGCCAUCUUUUUCUUCUUCUGGCUCCUCAGCGUCUGACCCCAGGGGGCCCUGCCCCCCAACACGGCCCCGGGACACUGCCGGACUCGCCCUGCCCUGCCCCCCAACACGGCCCCGGACACUGCCGGACUCAUGCCCUGCCCCGCCCCACAUGGACGGGGAGGGGGGGUCUCCCCGCCCCCUGUGCGGCUGAGAACGGGGGACUGAUGGCGGGUUUGGGGGUGAUGUGGGCCCCCAAGGGGCUGGGCUGACCCCCCGCUUACACUACACAAUAUAAAUAUCCCCGGUGUGGCGGGUCCCCCAGUCUGCGGCACCCCCUGCGGGCAGGCCCAGGAACUGCAGCUGGACAGGAGCGCAGCCGGGGGGUGCCCCGGGCUAGUGGGGGGGCGGUUUGCAGGGGCUCUCUGGCUAUUGAUAUAAUGGUGGUUGAAUGGAGGUGAA